UUGAUUGAUUUUACGAAGAAAUGACGACUGCCGCGAGACCGACCUUUGAUCCCGCCCGGGGCGGUUCAGGCAAAGGUGAGACUGAUCUCAGUGCCCUUUCGAAGCAAUACUCUUCGCGUGAUCUUCCUGGACAUACGAAGCUUAAAUUCCGUGAAACUGGACAGGGAACCGUCGAUGAAUUGCGUUCGAAGGACUUCAGGAGGGACUUGGAAGAAAGAGAGAGUAAAACGAAAAGAUCUGCCAGUCGGCGUUCCUUGGCCACUGAAGAGCGAACUGAGCCCUCGAGCAAGAAACCAAGGACGGAAUUGCCCAUUCAAGAUGUUGACGCUGACGAUCCCAUUGAAAACGACGACGAGGAUUCUGAUGCUGAUUCCGAUGAUGAGGCGGAACUGAUGGCUGAAUUGCAACGCAUUAAAAAGGAGCGCGCAAACGACAUUGCAAGAAAGGAAAUCGAGAAGAAACAGGAAGAAGGCCGAAUCCGAACGGAGAACAUUCUGAGCGGUAACCCGCUAUUGCAAGAACGUAUGGCUUUAGCCGCAGGCACUGGAAAAGCAGAUUUCAGGGUUCGGCGACGAUGGGAUGAUGACGUCGUUUUCAAGAAUUGCGCUAGAGGACAACUGGAUAACCCGACGAAUCGUUUCAUCAAUGAUUCUCUUCGCUCGGAUUUCCACAGGAAAUUCAUGGAGAAAUAUAUAAAGUGAACUUCUUUUUUCUACGUCUGCUGGUCGUUUAUGUUCUGCCAAGAAUUUCGUUUCGAAUAUUAAAUCACCAAAAUUUGACAUGUCAUUUGGUUCUGCAGUCCGCCUUUUUUUCACAUUGAGAUGACACUGAUUUGGUCGGUAAUAAACUGUGAAUGUCGUCCGUA